UCGCAACGACCCGUUGUUAUAUUUUUCAACAACGGCUGUUGGUGAAUUGUGCACGAACGUGCUCAAAUUGACACCGAGACGUGGUCAACUUUCGGUACCAACAACAGCCGUGCUUAAUUUGUCCAUUUGUAAUAUUGGUAAUUGCAGCCGAUUACACACGAGUAAAAAAUGACAACGGUGGUGCAUGAUUCACACACGGUCGUUGUCAAUAUGACACCGGUCGUGUAUGAAUUAUGCACCACCACCUGCAUAAUGAUGCACCACCGUUGUUACUUUGUACACCGACGUGCAUGAAUCGUACACGAUCGUUGCCAUUUUAGCAACUACCGUGUAUGAAUCAUGCACCACCGUUGUCAUUUUUUUUACUCGUGUGCAAUCGGCUGCAUAUUUACCAUUUUUUCCGUGUUAUUGAAAGAGAAAGGACGCAUUGUGCAAAAAAUUUAUUGAAAAUGAAUAAUAAUUCGCAAGAUCCUCAAAAUAUCAUUGGUGAGUUGUUAGAAAUCGAUGGCAAUAUUGUUGUGGUUCGCGAUACAAACCAUUGCAGCAGUCAAGAUGCGGAAAACAAUGAGGACGAUUAUAUGUUAAGGGAGUUCUUAAAAGGAAUAAAUAUGGAGUCGCUUUUUGAACAAUUAAAAGCAUCACAUGUAACAUUUCGCAGCUUGCAGUACUUGAAAAAAGAAGAUUUAAAGGAAGCAGUGCCACCAUUGGGACUGCGUGUUGAAUUCAGAGAAAAGCUCUUUGCUUGGAAAAAACGAAAGCUCGGGAUUGAUGACGAAACUAUGUCAGUUCCAUCUAAAAUAGGUGAAUGGUGGAAACGCAACGAGACACCUGCAAGUACUCCUGGUACUCCCGACACUACAGGUUCGAACUGCUCAAAAGCCAAAGGAAUUUUGUCAGAGGAUCUAACGGAAUUGUUAACACAUACCUCGAAGGGGAAACUAGCGCUUGAAUGUAGUAGCGUUAAUAAGAAAUUAAGUGACGAGCAAAGAGAUGAUAUAAUUAAUAUAAUUAUUGAAGAUAUUUUAACCAACAAUGUUACUCUUUACACUCAAGACUAUAUGCGCAUAUUGGAUGAAAUUUGUUCCGUUUUUCCUCUUGAAAACGAAAUGAGGGAUUAUUAUUACAUUUCAAGAAAAGGAAAGAACAACGCAAGCGGAAAACUUUAUGCCAAGUAUAGAAACAAGAAGUCCAAAAGAAUAAAGCUUUUGAUUUCCGAGCCUAGCACAAGCAAAGCAGCAACUCACACAUCUCCUAAUUUUUGUAACAAAGAUGUUCCCGAAAUUGAUGAAUCAGUUGAAAAUUCAUUGAAAGCUUCCUUACUAAGAGAAUGUAAUGAUUGGGGAUCGAUCUGCGAAAAAUGGAAAAGAUCUUUUAACAUACGGCAAAGAGAUAUAAAAAAUUUAAGUAGCCAUACAUUUCUCCUUGAAUGGACGAAGUUGUCCGAUGCAAGAGCUUCAGAAUUGGUAAGUAGCCAUGAGCUAUUUAUUUGUAUAUGGAUACUAAUGUUUCGUUUUAGGUCAACAUUGAUUUCGAUAUUAUGUAUCCACAGAAAGGCAAUCUUCUACUUUCUAAAUGGGACCAAUUUAAGAAAAAAAUUUACAAUUAUUAUGGGAAAAAUAUUCAUAACGAAUAUUGCAAACAACUCUUCGCAAAUGUUUUGACGGCAAGCAGCAUAGAUGCUCAAGAUUAUAUAUACGCAAUACUGUUGAAUUCAGUUUUACCAUCACCUGCUAGGUUUAAAUGUGGAAACGGUAAAUUACGAAAAAAAGUAACAAUAGCUGAUUCGCAGGAAAGUUUCGUACUGCGACUAC